AAAGCGUAUGGCUUGAACAGCUUGCAGAUGUCGACUGUGAUUGGGACAGCAUCUCUCUUCCAAGCACGCCGACCCAUGGUAAGGUCGCAAUGUCUUCUUCAACAGAAGACGCUGCACCACGCCCACAUGGCUUUGUCAAAGCUGAACUACGGUCCGACUCGCCUUCUCCAACAGAAGACGAUCUUUUCAGUGACACAGCAGAUCUCGAGGACUUCUUUUGCAAAACAGAAGGAUCCGACUCUUCUAGCACAGCAGGAACCCCGGCCCUGACUGCACCGUCGGACGUCUCAUCGUCUCCUCCAGAUUCUUCCUCGUCCACUGUACCUGCUUCUGGAAUACCCAGACGUAUUAUCCGCAGUACUUUCCCCGAAGCCGUGAAGUCCAACUCCCCGAUCCCAGGUCUCACAUCCUCCCUCCGUAUCCGCACCUCUUUCUGUCUAGGAGAAGCCUUGAACAUCGGUUGCCAGGCUUCUCGAGAAGACCAGAACAUCAUGCUCGAAUUCUACUGCCGUGUCAUGUCCUCCUACCGCGGAGACAACACACAGCAUUUUGUGCUUGCAGAUCUCACACACGACAACCCGCCCUUCAUCAAUGCCACUUUCGCGUCUUAGAAGGGCGUCCCGUUAUUCGAUGAUGAUGACAGAGUCUUUCUCGAUGGAAAAGGCAAAGGUCACAAUGGCAAGAUGUGCAGAUGUCUGGGCAAGAUGACAAGGGUAGGGAGUAAGUGGAUUUUUGUGUUGGUGGGCAUUUGGCAGGCCACUAUUGAUGAUGUCGAAUAUGUUGCUGCUAUAGUCACCUGAGCUGUUGACGACAGCAUGAUGGAGAAGCUCUUAUGUGCGGGGUGUUUAUGUUUUGCUGCCAUUGUUCGAAGCUUUUGCUGCUUAUGUUGCGAAGAUACCCCCGGGAGUUUUGUUGCUCAUAGAUUGGCAGGCCACAUUGAUGGAAGAUUAAAAUCGCUAUUUGCAAGAACAUAGUCGCUCUAAGUAAGGAAAAAACAGGC